AUGCACUCCGCUAGCAGCGGCCCAUUGUACGCUGCUGAUGGAGAGGAGGCGAGUAGGGGCUACAGGAGCGCCUCUUUCUCACCCCUCUCCUCAAAUAAAUGCGCUCAAGUCGUUUGGUCAGUUAAAAGACUGAACAGAGGCUGGGAGUCGAGAACAGAGGAAGACAGGCAGGGAGAGAGGGAGAGACAGGGAAAGAGCGCGGAGAGACAGGAGCGUGUAGGACAGGAGGCAGAGCAGGAAGAACGAGCGAGCGGCAGGGAAGCGGAGGUCCGCUGGACACCCAGUCCGUGGGCCCAGCCAACCUCGGACCCUGAACCGUGCGUCGUGGACACCAGAAGCAAGACUCAACCAAGUCCUGUCCCAACCAGGCAACGAAUCCAAGCCUUUCUUCCGAGCGGGGAACCCGCAGCGGCGGGAGCUAGCGGGCACUGGGGCCAGACUGAACAGAGGCAGCGGAGCCGGACUCUUCGCGUCAAGGCAGGCGACUUAGGGCGAGGAGGGGGUCGCCUCCCAGGGGUAGGGACCGAGGGUGUGUGUGAAAGAGCUUCAAUUAAAACCUACAAGAGCGCUUUCCUCUACAUUGGGCAGAGGCGCGCGUUUGCGUCAGAGGGCGCGCAGGGAGGGCGCGGGGGCGGAGGCGGGGGAGCUGACGCCGGGGGCCGUGCCCCGGGGCUAGGUUUUAGUAGCAUGAAUUGA